AUGUCCAAGCGUUCCUUGCUAUCAGAUAUAAGCAAAAUAUUUGACCCCCUUGGGCUAUUAACGCCUGUGCUUAUAAAGGGCAAGAUAUUCUUGCAACAAUUAUGGACCUUGAAACUCGGAUGGGACUCUCCAUUAUCAACUGAUUUCGUAUCACGUUGGAAGCGCUUUUAUCAUCAAUUUAAGGAGCUUGAACACAUCAGAGUGCCUAGAAUUGUCCUGAAUAGUGAUGCUUCAAUAAUUGAGCUUCAUGGAUUUGCCGAUGCGUCGCAAGAAGCUUAUGGGGCAUGUGUUUAUUUAAGAUCCCUGACCCCAGGUGGUAGCCUAUCAGUGUCACUAAUUGUAUCCAAAUCUAGGGUUGCUCCACUGAAGCCAACCACUAUUCCAAGACUUGAGCUUUCUGGGGCGCUUCUACUGGCUGAGCUUGUUCAUAAUGUUGUACUUGAAUUAGCCAAGGUUAAUGUUAUUAUAAAUUCUACAAACAUAAUGCUUAGGUCAGAUUCAACAAUUGUGCUGUCUUGGAUUAACACAUCUAAACCACUCCAGGUAUUUGUUGCUAACAGAGUAGCACAAAUAAUUGACCUUACCAGUCCAAUACAAUGGAUGCACGUUCCUACCAACAGCAAUCCUGCUGACAUAAUAACCAGAGGAAUUGACGUUCAAUCACUCAGUACUCACCAGUUAUGGUGGAACGGCCCCUCGUGGUUAAGCCAAGAUAGAAAAUUUUGGCCGGAGUGUCCUCUGUUAACUGAUGAAGUUCCUGAAACCCGACAAGUCAAACUGAUUCUUUCUACCGUUCUGCCUACUACCACCUUGCUUGAUGAAUACUCUGAUUUCAUGCGCUUAAUUCGCAUCACAGCAUGGAUAUUAAAAUUUAAAUCAAACUCUAGUAUUCCCUCGACAAGAUGCCAUCUUAGGAAGAAGGGCCCGUUGACUGUGGUUGAAUUAUCAAAUGCAAAAACAACCUGGUUACUUUACGCUCAAAGGCAUGCCUUCCAUGAUGAUUUAGACCGGUUAAGUAAAAAUCAGCAACUAUCUAAACAAAGUCAGUUAAAAAGGUUACAUCCCUUUAUUGAUAGCUCUGGGCUAAUACGUGUAGGUGGUCGUUUGUCUCAGUCAAACUUAUCAGACAACAUGAAGUUUCCUAUUGUACUGCCAUCAAAGUCAAGACUCACUCGCUUAUUGUUUGAAUAUGAGCACAAACGUUUGUUACACGUCGGACCACAAGCACUGCUAGCUCAUAUUCAAGGCACCUUCUGGCCAAUGAGGGGAAGGAUAAUUGCAAAAAGUGUAGUGAAUAAUUGUCUCAUAUGUUACAAAACCAAACCUACUCUACAAGCACCAUUAAUGGCCCCACUUCCUCGAGCUAGAGUUACUAUGGAACGGCCCUUUGCUAGAACAGGAGUAGAUUUCUGUGGCCCCAUACAGAUUCGAAGUGGCAUACGAAAGGUCCAGUCUAUUAAAAGUUAUAUUGCAGUAUUUGUCUGUUUUGUGACCAGGGCUAUACACUUAGAACUCGUUAGCGACUUAACAACAAGUGCCUUCAUGGCUGCUCUCUUCCGGUUCAUGUCCCGACGCGGGCAGUGUGCCCACAUGUACCGUGACAAUGGCACCAAUUUUGUUGGUGCAGACAAGGAGCUAACUUCAUAUUUUAAGAUUAUAUCUGGUAAGCGUUCAAUUCAAGAAAGCGUAACAGAUUAUGGUAUACAGUGGCAUUUCAUACCUCCAGCUGCACCCCACUUUGGCGGAUUGUGGGAGGCAGCUGUGAAAUCUACAAAGGCUCAUUUAAUAAAAAUGUCAGGUAGUGCACUUCUCAACUUUGAAGAAAUGGCUACACUUUUAUGUAGAAUUGAAGCUGUACUCAACAGUCGUCCAUUGACUCCAGCCUCUAACUGUCCGUCGGACUACACUGCGCUAACACCAGCACAUUUCCUAGUCGGUGGAAAUUUCCUGCUACUUCCUGAACCUGACUGUCCAGAGGUUCCUCGCAACAAGCUGCAACGUUGGAAAUUGGUUUGCGGAAUGGCUCAAGGUUUCUGGAGACGCUGGAGUAAGGAAUACUUGCCUCAGCUACAGGUCCGUGGAAAGUGGACUAAGCCUAGUCGCAAGAUCAAAAUUGGGGACCUGAAAAAGGCCUCAUGGGCUUUACAUGAUAUACUCAAUACACAAUAG